AUGGGUGAGCAGAAGACGGUCAGGGCCGAGGACGACGAUUAUAAGGCCAUCAAAGAAAGUUGGGGCCAAGUCACCACAUCGAUAUCGAAUAUGUGGAACCCCCGUCCGAACGGGUUGAUUCGUCGGGUCAAGUGUGGAGAGGAGAAGCCAUUUUGUAUGAGAUGUACUUCCACUGGACGAAAUUGUGAUGGAUAUGAGGUCUUCACAGAUCUGAAAAAACGGAAUGUUACAAAGACACAGCCUUCCAUAUCAGAAGGCGUGCAGUCUACUACUCUCGACGAUCCCCUAGAGUCGAUUAUGCUAGAUUUCUUUCGUAGACAUACAGCAGCCGAAUUUGCCGGAGACUUUUCCACCGAGUUUUGGGAAAAGAGGGUGUUCCAAGCUGCUACCAUCGAACCAUCAAUUCGUCACGGUAUUCUCGCAUUAGGUGCCAUCCACAAGAAUUACACCGAAACUUAUCAGAAACCACAGACACUAACUGAAAAUCCAACAAAAGCUUUCGCUUUCCGUCAGUACACAAAGGCCAUUCAAAUAUUACGUAAAUCGAUAGUCCGCGAGCCUCACUCACUAGACAUGACAUUAAUCUCAUGCGUUUUAUUCAUCUGUUUCGACUGUCUCAUAAGCGAUCAAGCCGCAGCACUAGUACAUCUCAAAUCCGGUCUCAAGAUCAUCGACAACAUACACGCCACGAACGCCCCCUCAUCCGUGGCAGCACAAUGUGCACGGGACUAUUCUCCACUAUUAUUAGUACUCGGAGGACAAAUAGCAGCAUUCAUUAACCCCCAAGCCGGAGUGGACCGCGGAGCAUUCUGGGCCGCGAUGAAACGAGCGGGUUGCCCAACCUCUCAGUUCACGCCCUUCCAAUCCCUAGAAGAAGCUCGCUAUUCCCUACGAACGCUGGGAGCAGACAUACUGCAUGCGCGGCACACCAAUUGGAACUACGUGACGGAAGAAAUCGUUACCAGCGAGUUUGGCCCCAUGAUACGAAGCCAUUAUAUGGCGUUGGAAAAUUGGUCCAAUCGUCUCAACGCAUUUAUUUCCAGGACGCCCAAUAAUCCGGACCCCAAUAACAGCACACCCGCAAAACCCAUCCGGAACCGCGGCGUCUCGCUGCUUAAAGCCCAUCAUCUCCUAUUCUCCAUGAAUGCGGCGGAACCGCAUAUCCCGGGGUCUAAAUUUGAAGAAAUGCUCGAUUUGUCCGAAGCGUUGGUGAAAGAAGAUAGAGCGUAUUGGGGUGUGCAAUCAAUGCCGAGAUUUAUGGUCGAUACGGGACUUAUUGUUCCGCUGGUGUAUACGGCGGUCCGCAGUACGGAUGUGAGGCAUAAGAGGAGAGCGAUAGAGAUUUUGGCUCAGGCGCCCGGGAGAGAGGGGUUGUGGGAUACGCAGAGUGCGGUUCUUAUUGUGGAGGGGGAAUUGGCGGCUGUGGGAGAUCGGAGUCCGAGAUUGCAGAUUCCGUAUUUUCAUGAUGAGGGGGAAGGGAAUCGAUGGAGGAAAGGGUAA